AUUAGUGCACGGUGCCGCUGCAGGCACCCAGCACCUGUUUUUGAGAUGCUGCUGUGUGGAAGGGAGAGAAGAGUGCUGCGGAGUAAUGCCCUGUUGUUCCCAUCUGGAGGCGGAUAUGGUCGUGUAUGACAGGAGCUGCUCUGUCCUGUUCACAGAUCUGAGUGCAGGUGAAUGGGAUGCAGGAUCCCAGCUGGCUCCCGGGACGGAUGCUGCAGCAGAUGACAUGGGAGUGAGAACACAGAGCUGCGCGUGCGUGCCCUGUCCCUGCACCAUCCCCUGCUGCCAUCUGCUCUUCAGUUGUGCCGUUACGCAGCGACGUAGAUGGCGGUGCGUGAUGGAAAGCUCUCGUGGUUCUUUGGUUGCAGAAGUGCCUCCAGAGAGGGCCGUGCCAAACCCUCAGCAGCUUCCUGCACCGCAGCCCCGCUGGUAUCCCAGGGGGCCUGCGAGACUGACAGGAAAACGGGGAAGAGGAAGAUAUUUGCCAAGGUUUUACCCUGUUGUAAGGAAAAUCCCGUGCGAGAAUGCAGUGCCUGAGAUCGACGGAGCGCCUGUGGACGAGGCUGCAUUUCAGGAAGGCAGCAGCCGCGCGAUGCCCGUCUCCCGUGAGCACACAGAGGACACGCACGCAGCUGGCGCUGCAGGUGAAGGCCGUGCAGAGAGCUCCAUGGCUGAUGGUGAGAGGUUGCUCCCCUCCCGCUGCACCCACAUCUCGCGGAGACGGGAACUUUGUCCUUCUGAGAAGGAAGCCGCCUGAACCGCAUUCAGCAGAUGGCGAGGAGAAGCAGGAAUCUUCCUGCCACGGUCCCUGCAUCCCAGGGAAGCGCUGUGGGAUUUUUGCUUGUUCCAGGAGGCCACGAAAACAAAAGAGAACAUUUCAUGGCGGUGUCAGAGCUCCGAUGAGAUUGCCAGUUAGGCACGAGGCGCAGCAGUGACCACGAUUGUUCUUUCAGGUGCGGGUGCUGAA